AUGUUUGGUCAGGAAAUCACUCAAUUAGCGAGUUUAUUAAAACAAACGAAUCGAACGGGAGAUGAUUCUGAUAGUGAUGAAGAUGAACAACCGAAGAAGAAUGCAAAUGCGAACAUGACUCCAGCAAAUUUCGUUUCUCAAGCACAAAAGACUACCAAUAGCAUCAAUGAAACAACGUCAAAAACAACAAUCAAAACACCGUCGAACGCUAAUUCGAAGGAUAUUUGGCAACUUUAUGAAGUUCCGGAAAGUAAUGCGAAAACUCACGAUCCAGUUGAAUAUCGACCACAGCCUGAAUAUGAAAUGCAUUAUAAACAACGAAUAACUACUGAAGAUGUUUUUCUUCAAAUGGGCAACAAAAAUCCUUCGUCCGCUAGUUGUGAAGAUCUUGUGCUUACUAUUAAAUUACCAGAUACCAACAAAGCUGAUAUUGUUUUAGAUAUUACCAGAACAUUCAUUGAUUGUCGUUGUCCAAAAUACCGUUUAGCGUUAACUCCACCUCAUCCUAUUGAUCCAGAUAAUUCUCAAGCUAAAUGGGAUAAAGACAAAUGUUCACUUGAAAUAACCUUGCGACUUGCUCGCGAAUACGAUGAUUUUAAUUUUUGA